AGAAAACAAAAUCAAGAGAACAAAGAAUAUUUCGAUUCAAAGAAAACACCGAAAAAGAAGAAAAUAAAUGUUAUGAGUUUUUGCUUCUGGAAUGCUUCUGUUUUGUAUAUAUAAAACCAACAAAUUUAGCAGCAAUUCUCACAGUUCAACCUGAAGUCCAAUAAUAUUCAUCAAAAGAAUUAAUCAAAAGUCAUGGCUUUGAAUCCCCAGCCUGCUUAUGAAAAUUUGGAGGUUUACACUGAAUGGGUUCAUGAAACUGCAGAGGACACUUUAAUUGCAUAUCUUCAUGGGUUUAGGAAGGAGCAGCUUAAAGUUCAACUGACCAGUGGAGGAAACUUGAGGAUAUCUGGAGAAAAACCAAUUGGUGACAACAUAUUCAGCCGUUUCUCCAAGGAAUUCUCCAUCCCAUCAAAUUGUGACCUGAACAAUAUCAGAGCAAAUUACAGGGGUAGUAUGCUUCAGGUUAAGUUCCCGAAACAGAUUGUUCCAGCCGAUGAGAAGCCGGAAAAAGUAAAAGCGGUGGCCGAAGUUCCGAACCCGAAGCCUGAUCAUAAGCCUGCAGAUGUGCCGGAGAAACAAAACAAUGCAGUUCAAGAAGGUCAUCCCAAGACCACCCUGGAAAAACAAACAGGUGAUGAUUCAAAUACAGAUGGGGUAGCCAAGGAGGCUGGCAAAGUUUCAGAGAAAACACCAGACAAACAAGAAGAAAUGGAAGAUCAAAGGCAUGCAUCUAAUGGAGCUGAUCACAGACUUAUGGAGAAGAGUAGCUCAGCCAGUGAAAAGCCUGUUGAUUCUGCCCUACGUGCUGCUCAAAGAGGGAUCGUUUAUAAACAAGUUGUUGAGGGUUUGGCCAAGGGGGUGAAGGAUCCAAGAAAAGUUAUGAACAUGGUUUUGGCUGUUUUAUUGGUCGUGGUGCUUGCAGUUUAUCUUAGAAAUGCGAUCAUGUCUCUUGGGAACUACUAGAAGUAAGCUUUGCGGGACGCUAAUACAGAAUGUAAUUUCUCGAUUGGUUUCACCCUUUGAAUUUGUCAUUCCUUUAAUAUGCCAAAAGCAAAAGAACAAUAAUGCUAAACAUUGUUCCAACUUCCAGUACAAUAAAGAUGCUAGUAAGUUGUUUGAA